UUUUUCCAAAGAAGAAUACAAAUGGCCAACAAGCACAUGAAAAGUUGGUCAGCAUUGCUAAUCACCAGGGAAACGCAAAUCAAAACCACAAUAAGAUAUCGCCUCACUCCUGUCGGCGUGGCUAUGAUCAAAAAAAGAUAAGUGUUGGUGAGGAUGUGAGAAACUGGAACCCUUGUGCACUGUUGGUGGGAAUGCAAAAUGGUGCAGCUGCUAUGGAAAACAGUACAGAGAGGUCUCCAAAAGAGCUAAAAGCAGAACUACCAUAUGAUCCAGUAAUCCCACUGCCGGGUAUUUAUCCAAAAGGAUGGAAGUCAGAAUCUCAAAGAGAUGUUAGUACUCCCGACUUUUUACUUCUCUAAGUCUAUACUACCCAGCUCCCUAGAGCACAUGGGUCCCUGUUGCUGCUAAACGCCACAAAUAAAACCUCACAUCCCAGCGUUAACGCCAGGCAGAAUCCUAAGCAGCCCACCCCCCGCCCAAACCUGCCUUCCAGGGACAGGGGAAUUUUGCUCCCUGCCUGAGGAGAUCUCAGCCCCUGCCGUGACAAACCCUAGGGGAAUGUGCCCAGCGACCCGCGGGAGGUCCAGACACGCCAGGCUGUGGCGAAAUCAGGCCCCGGUCAGCGGCCGCGCUCGCAGGGGAAGCGUGACGCGGCAGCCAGAGGGUGGGGGCUGCGGCCGACACUCGCUGGGCGCUCCCCCGCGCCUGGAUUCCCUGGGCGGCCGCCAGCCCCGCUCAGCCUGCGGGGGCGGAGCGCUGCCUUUUCUGUCCCAGGUAGGAGUGGCCGCGGCCAGGGAGGUUACUCGGCCGCUUUGCUGGCAGCUGUCACACGCGCCCCGCGCCCCGCUCACCUCUCUCCUGUGCUCACCCGAGCGCACGGUACACUCUCGCGCUCUCGGACUGAGCCCGGGUCCUCCGGAACAGCUGCCAGCGAGCAAGCCCCUCCAUCCUCCCAUCAGAGAGACCACAUGGGCCCCGAGGCCACCUGCCCGUGGAGAUGCCCCCUGCCUCGCCUCCAGGUGUGGACCUGGAUCGAGCCCGUGGUGGCCUCCACCCAGGUGGCCACGUCCCUCUACGACGCGGGGCUGCUCCUGGUGGUGAAGGCAUCGUUCGGAGCGGAGACCUCCUCCAACCACAGCGCCAGCCCGUCGCCCCGGGGGGCUCUAGAGGACCAACAGCAGAGGGCCAUCUCCAAUUUCUACAUCAACUACAACCUUGUGAUGGGCCUGACGCCCCUGCUGUCCGCCUACGGGCUGGGCUGGCUCAGCGACCGCUACCACCGCAAGAUCGCCAUCUGCGUGUCCCUGCUGGGCUUCCUGCUCUCCCGCCUCGGGCUGCUGCUCAAGGUGCUGCUGGACUGGCCCGUGGAGGUGCUGUACGGGGCAGCGGCGCUGACCGGGCUGUGCGGCGGCUUCUCGGCGUUCUGGUCGGGAGUCAUGUCCCUGGGAUCCCUCGGCUCCUCCGAGGGCCACCGCUCCGUGCGCCUUAUCCUUAUUGACUUGAUCCUGGGCUUGGCGGGAUUCUGCGGGAGCAUGGCGUCUGGACAUCUCUUCAAGCAGAUGGUUGGGGGAUCCAGGCAAGGUCUGGUGCUGGCAGCCUGCAGCGUGAGCUGUGCCGCUUGUGCGCUUCUGUACAGCCUCUUGGUCCUGAGGGUCCCCGAGUCGAUGUCCAAGCCCAGCAAGGCACUCCCUGCUGUGGAUACCGUGUCUGGCACGGUUGGCACAUAUCGCACCCUAGAUCCUGAUGAGCCAGACAAGCAGAGUGUGGUGGAGCACCCUCCGUCUCCUGGGAAAGCAAAGCCCCCAAAAACCAUCAUCGCCCUGCUCUUCGUGGGUGCCAUCUUAUAUGACCUGGCAGUGAUCGGCACAGUGGACGUGAUUCCCCUUUUUGUGCUGAGAGAGCCUCUCAGUUGGAACCAAGUGCAGGUGGGCUAUGGGAUGGCUGCAGGGUACACCAUCUUCAUCACCAGCUUCCUGGGCGUCCUGGUCUUCUCCCGCUGCUUCCGGGACACAACCAUGAUCAUGAUUGGGAUGGUUUCCUUUGGGUCAGGAGCCCUCCUCUUGGCUUUUGUGAAAGAGACAUACAUGUUCUAUAUUGCUCGCGCUAUCAUGCUGUUUGCUCUCAUUCCCAUUACAACCAUCCGAUCAGCAAUGUCUAAACUCAUAAAGGGCUCCUCUUAUGGAAAGGUGUUCGUCGUCCUGCAGCUGUCCCUGACUCUGACGGGAGUGGUGACAUCCACGGUGUACAACAACAUCUAUCAGCUCACCAUGGAGAAGUUCGUCGGUACCUGCUUUGCUCUUUCCUCCUUUUUCUCCUUCCUGGCCAUCAUCCCAAUUGGCAUCGUGGCCUAUAAACAAGCCUCAUGGUUGCAAUAUGGAGACAUGACAGAGAAAUGAAGGUGCUGACCUGCGGGAGCUGAAAACCCCAGCAAUGGCCGGGACCAGGAACUGGUGACCAGAGCAGCCCACUACCCAAGAAACCCAAGUUCCAGCCACAGUCGGCCUCAGAAUGACCUGCUCUGGCUCAGGGGUUCCUGGUGGGUGGGGAAAAGCACUUUCCUGGUGAUGGAAGAACUUGCUGAGCUUUCAGACAUUCCUGUUAGGCAGAAGUUAGGUUCUGUGGGCAGUAGAGUAUGAACUUUCAGGGGUUAUGCAUAGCCAUACCAGACGCUAUAAAGGGCUUCAGACAGUAGCCCUCUCCUGCCAGGCACUGCCUCAGGGCUCCAAGGUCUGGCUAACUAGUCACCUGGGUGCUGUGCUAAGGGUCCCCUGUGAGAACUCAAACCCAGGCACGCAUUUUCCACAGCCUGAGGGCAAUGUGGAAGGCAUAUUUUGCAAGAAGUGCCAACAGUGAACAUCGGUCAAGAUUUUUAAAUUAAAAUAAAACCUUGAAAAAAAGUUAUUUUUCUUCCCUGAGGCCUUGUGAGCUGUGAACACUGAGGAGGGAUAUGAAGCUCAGGUUCUUGGCAUCAGGGUAGUUUUGUUGUCAUUGUUAGUGUUGUUUUUUUUAAAAAAAGCAAAUAUCAAAACUCUUUCUCCAAUGGAAUAUUAAAUUGAAUACUUUCAGUCAACAAUACUUCCCAAAGUGAAUGGUGUGAAGGAAGAGAGAAAAGGAGAUAUAUUUAGACCCAUUUUAUUUUGAGGUGGCCUGUUUCACUUACGUAUAUAAAAGCAGACUCAUCUCCUAAAUAAAUCAACAUUCACAGUA